UCUUCCUCAAAUUAAAAAUUCACAUUCGAUCACUUCUCCACCGAACACAGGAAGAGAGAAAAAUGGAGGAGAAGCAAAAAGACGAAAUUGCCCCAGAAAAUGGAAAACCAGAAGAAGAAGAUACCCCCAAAGAUGCUUCCAUUUGUGGGUUUGAUUCUCUUCACAAACUCCUCCAAUCCACACUGCCCCCACAGCUUUUCCAGGAAGUAAGCCGAUUACUUAUCGGCCUAAACUGUGGACGAGCACUCGAUACCAUCACCAUUGCCGAACCCGCAAAAUCUCUUUCUUCAAAACACGAUUUCGAUCUUCAGGCGUUUUCAUUUCAUGCCGAAAAGGAAUCGCUAAGACAACCUCGUAUUGUGAGGGUCGGUCUCAUUCAGAACUCAAUUGCUCUUCCGACAACAGCCCCGUUUUCGGACCAAAAAACGGCCAUUUUUCACAAAUUAAAACCGAUAAUCGAAGCUGCAGGAGCUUCAAGAGUCAAUAUACUAUGUUUACAGGAGGCGUGGACGAUGCCAUUUGCAUUUUGCACACGCGAGAAGAAAUGGUGCGAAUUUGCUGAGCCGAUCGAUGGAGAAUCAACGCAGUUUCUUCAAGAAUUUGCACGGAAAUACAAUAUGGUUAUAAUAAGUCCUAUUCUCGAACGGGAUUUGAAACAUGGCGAGAUUCUUUGGAACACUGCUGUAAUAAUCGGAAAUCACGGUAAUAUAAUCGGAAAGCACAGAAAGGUAAUGUAAUUAUGUAAAGAUAGCUUAAGUUUGAUUUUUUUUUUCCGAGUAUUUACGGAUGCGUUUUAUUGCCUUUAGUACCCCCUGUAUUAUAUCGAAUUGUUAAAAAAAUCCACUGUUAAAAAUAUUUUUGAAUUGGUUGGCUUUCGGGUUAAUGGUGCUGAAAUUGUUUUCAAUCCUUCGGCGACUGUCGGUGAAUUGAGCGAACCGAUGUGGCCGAUUGAGGCUCGUAAUGCAGCUAUAGCAAACAGUUACUUCGUUUGUUCGAUCAAUCGCGUGGGGACCGAAAUCUUCCCGAAUCCAUUCACAUCGGGAGACGGAAAACCACAACAUGCGGAUUUCGGGCAUUUUUACGGGUCGACCCAUGUAUCCGCACCCGAUGCAUCUUGCACCCCAUCUCUAUCGCGCCACAGAGACGGUUUAUUGAUAUCGGAAGUUGAUCUCAACUUAUGUCGCCAAAUCAAAGAUAAGUGGGGAUUUCGAAUGACAGCUAGAUACGAUAUUUAUGCCGAUUUGCUUGCUCGUUAUUUGAAGCCCGAUUUCGAACCUCAAGUCGUUUGUGAUCCAUUUUCGAAUAAGAAGAGCUCUUGAAAGGAGAUUAAAGGGUGAAUUUGACAAGAAGCAAAAAAGAAAUAUAUAUAUAUAUAUAUAUAUAUAUAUAUAUAUAUAUAUAUAUUUGCUGAAUAUUUUUUUAUUUCUGUCACAAUUGAAAUAAAAUGUUGGUUGUGGUUUGAAUUUGGAUGUGCUUUGAUUGAGAUGUUUGAACUUUGAACAAGUGUGUUGAUUCUUGUUUAUUUAGUUCUUUAUAUUUCAUAUUGCCUA